AACACCGGAUGUGAGAGGAAACUGUGGCGCUAGAGCUGAGCUCAGCAGACAGCAGUUGUAUUGUGAUUGUUAUAGUGAUCUGUGCAAGUUUUAACGAAAUACGCAUGAUGUCAUAGCGGAGAGUGUAUUUGGAUAAAAUGGAGCAUUUUUUACACGUGCAAUUUUCCUCAAAUGUGACUACAAAAGGAACCAUUUCGAUUUGGAAGCAAAGAAGUUAAAAACAAGGCAAAAAAAUGACUGCUCAGCUCAGGUCAUCGCACACUGUUUUCUCAGUGUGUCAGAGUGACUGACAGAUGAAAAGAAUCUAUAUGGAAAGCAAAACACGAGCUUUGAUAGUUGAAAACAGAAUUUAACACAAAGAAUAAAUGGCUUUCCUGGAUAACCCAGCUAUUAUUUUGGCCCACAUCAGACAGUCUCAUGUGACCAGUGAUGACACAGGGAUGUGCGAGAUGGUACUAAUCGACCAGGAUGUUGAUCUGGAGAAGUGCCAGUUAGCUUUGGUGCCUGGCAGCAGCUGUGGCUCCACAGGGUCUGGAUCCUUUAACGAGGCAGGCAGCAAUGUGACGGACAAUCAUACCUGUGAUCUCUCACAGUCCAUGGACAUCACCUCCAGCUGGGACUUUGGCAUUCGUCGGCGAUCAAACACAGCCCAAAGACUUGAAAGACUAAGGAAAGAGCGACAAAACCAAAUCAAGUGUAAAAACGUCCAAUGGAAAGAGAGGACAUCUUCUCAAUCUGUUGAGGAUCUGGGCUCAUUAUUUGAGAAACGUGACUUUAAAGAUCGACCAAGGACAACAGGCACCAAGUCUACGCUGUCAUUGCGACUGGAGCAGUGUCCUCAACAACUCAACAACCCCUUUAAUGAAUACUCCAAAUUUGAUGGCAAGGGCCAUAUCGGGACAACGGCUACAAAAAAGAUUGACGUCUACCUCUCUAUGCAAAUGGGUCAAGACAAGGUUCAUCCAAUGACUGUGGUAACCAUUGCCAAUGCCCGUGUACAUGAUCUCAUUGGACUAAUCUGCUGGCAAUACACAAGCGAAGGAAGGGAACCUAAACUCAAUGAGAAUGUGAAUGCCUAUUGUCUGCACAUUGCUGAGGAUGAUGGUGAAGUCGACACAGACUUUCCUCCUCUUGACUCAAAUGAACCCAUCCAUAAGUUUGGUUUCAGCACAUUAGCCUUAGUAGAGAAAUAUUCUUCACCUGGCCUUGCCUCUAGACAGUCUCUGUUCGUAAGAAUUAAUGCUGCUCAUGGCUUCUCUUUAAUACCUGUGGACAGCCUGAAGGUAACCAUGAAUGACAUCCUCCAGAAAGCAUUGAAGAAAAGAAAAGGCUCUCAAAAAGGCUCAGGGCCUAUGUAUCGCUUGGAAAAACAGACCGAGCCAAAUGUCGCAGUUGACUUAGACUCUACACUGGAGUCUCAGGGUACACUUGAAUUCUGUUUGGUCAGAGAAAACAGCUCCAGGGGAGAAGAGAGCUCAGAGGAGGAUCCACCAAUUGACAUCACCACAGUCCAGGACAUGCUCAGCAGUCACCAUUACAAGUCAUUCAAGAUCAGCAUGAUCCACAAGCUGCGGUUUACCACAGAUGUGCAGCUAGGUAUUUCAGGAGAGAAAGUUGAGAUUGAUCCAGUGACCAAUCAGAAAGCCAGCACCAAGUUCUGGAUCAGACAGAAGCCCAUAUCCAUAGACUCGGACCACCUCUGUGCCUGUGAUCUGGUGGAAGAGAGAAGCCCCAGUCAUGCAAUAUUUAAACUCACCUACCUGAGCAAUCAUGACUACAAGCCUCUCUACUUUGAAUCUGAUGCUGCUACUGUCAAUGAAAUUGUGCUAAAGGUUAACUACAUCCUAGAGUCCCGGGCCAGCUCGUCGCGGGCCGAUUACUUUGCCCAAAAACAACGGAAAUUGAGCCGCAGGACCAGCUUUAGUUUCCAAAAGGACAAGAAAACUGGGCAGUGAGUGCUGCAGCUGUCUGUACAGAGGUAAACGCCAGCCUGAAGGCCUGUUUGAGACAACUGCAGGCAAAGUCACCUGUAAAGAAGGUUGAAAGCAAUGGAAAGACACACUGCCAUGCAUGAAGCAAAUGGAUAAAAAGGGUGUCUGUUAUAGCUCAGUGAGCUGUAGCCUCUGUGUGAUUAAUUUUAUGUGAUUAAUUUGGUACUGACACAAAGACUCAAGUCCAGACAAAGCCGUCACUUUAGUGAUAGCUGUCUGUCGUCACUCAUGGUUUACCUUUAGCUCAGACCUUGUUGCAUUUGGGAGCAAGUGGUUGAGCUAGUGCAUGGAUUUGAAGAUCAAUGGUCCAUUAAAAGCCUUAAAACAACAACUAGAGGUUGAUAUUGAACAACUCCGGACUCCGGUUAGCUGUGUCAAUGACACAAUGAAAUGUACCCAGCUAAAUGAGUUAUGUGAACUGUUAUGGGGCAUGUUUAUUAAAUCACAAUAAAGAAAUGCCAACCUCUCCCAAGUUUGAAUCGCAGCCAGUCGCAAUGCAGAGCAACACACAAAGUGAAUGUUUUUAAAUAAAAAAUAAAUUGUGAAAAGUAUGUCAUUUAAAUGUAUAUCCAGCCAAUGUGUCUAUAUAAGCCAUCAAUGGGCUGUUGACAGUCUAAUAUUAUUUGAGCCUCAAUCAUUCCUCCUUUCCAAGCUAAAAUGUGAAUUAUCCACCACGAACUUCCCUUUUACCCUGUUUUGUUUCUCCUUCAGAUUUGGUCCAAAAACUUCUCUAAUGUCUAACAUAUGAAUUAAGACCGUGUUAAGCAAUACUGAAGACAGAACUGCCAUCUGGUGGAUAAUAUGGGUCACGACAGACGUGUGCCAAAGCUGUGAACAACUACACAACUGUAGUGAUUAUGAUAUAAAAGAGGGUCAAUUAGUGGGGUUUCAAUGGUCUGUAAAAUAACUUAAUAGAAGAAGACAUUGGUGGAAGAAAUUCUAAAUUUUGUUACUUAAGUAAAAGUACAGCUACUGGAGCAAAAAAAAUACUCAAGUAGAUGUUUUCAUAUGAUACUUGUACUAGAAAUAUUAUUUAAGUACCUGUUUAAAACUGUACUUAAUGAGUAAAAAUAUUUCAAGCGGAUUUUGAGAUGGUAAAUGGUCAUAUUUUUAUAUAGCGCUUUUCCUCCAAGGUAAGAGCAUCAAGGAACCACUUACCUAUUCACACACACACUCACCAGUGUAUGCAGACGCUGGGAGCAAGGUGGGUCAAGUGUCUUGCCAAAGGACACAGUGACAGUAAUCAUUUGUGGGAGCUGGGAUGGCACCGCCAACCUGUAGGUCAGUAGAUCUGACCGACCAACUAAUGAUGUUUUUUAGGUCCAGAGUGGGAUUCAAACCACCACCCUCUUGAUCAGUGGACAAACACUGAGCUACUGUCACCCAAUCUAUAAUAAAGCUUCAAAUUUAGUGAUUUUGAC